AUGGCCACCCCGACUCCCACGCCUGUUCCUCUGCCUGCUACUGAGAAGGACUUGCUCAAGGCCCUUCAUUCCCGCCGUAUCCAAUACCGCCCCAACUACCUCCGCGACCUCGCUCUAGGCCAUGGAGAGUCCCUCCUCCCCUUGAUUGAACAGCUCCUGGCCACCGAGCCCACAGUACGGUCCAUCCCCGUUCCCAGACCUCCUCAGAACGAGGCCGACCUCAACGCUGACGGAGGAAACCCCAAUCCUGAGUUCGAUGUCGAGACACUAUUGUUCCCCCAGACCAACGCCUCCUCUCGAUACCUCCAACGCGAUGCAGGUCUGACCUUAGCGGCCGUGUUAGCCAACAAGGGUAGCGACCGUGCAAUUGCCAUCUUGCUUACCUCCCUGAACCAUCCUUACCAAGUUGGAAGAAAGCGUCUUGUUCAAUGUCUGGCGGCUUGUGCCAAGGAUGAGGAUAUUCUCGCUGCCUCUCAAGGUUCUGCCCCUGCUGUCCGUGACGCUCUCGUCGCUGCAUUGGCGAAGCAGAGGCGCAAGGUUCUCAUUAACGACAUCCUUGGAAAGCCUCGCAAAGAGUCCAUCAACGCAGAGGUUCAGGCCCCUGUUACGACACGACUUCGGAAGGCCCUCGAGCAGGCCAAAGAGUUCGAACGCGAAAACGUUUGGAACGAAUACAAGUGGAUGCUGGACGUCAACAACCAGCCCAAGCGAGGAAUGUGCGAGCCUGGCGAGUCUAUCAAGGAUGUCGUCCUCACCCUCCAAGAAAUGUAUCCUCCACUUCACGUCUGGGACAGCACCAUGCCCGAGGCACGCUCUCCCAAGCUUGCCUCUCUCGUCGAGAACUCCCUCGUGGCAUUCCUCCAUUACGACGCCAAGAGAGUAGUGAAAAUUCUCAAGACCACUUCGUGGAGGGCCUUGGCCGACAAGAAGUUUGCCGUCAGCAUUCCCAAGGUCGUCACCAACCAUGUCAAUGGCCGUCGUUUCUGGUGCCAUCACAACACCGAGGGUGACUUGUUGGAGGAGUACUGGCUCGACCUCAUCUCGGUCGCUGACGGAGAGUUAGUCAAGACCAAGGCCCUGCCCAAUUCCAAACUCUUUGCAUACUGCCGUGGUGCAGUGGUUGAUAAGCUCACUCGUGCAGCCUUGACCUUGAUUGACCACGAGGAGUUCAAGACUCAGUCGACCCAGCCUUGGAUCCAGGCAUCUCGUUUGGAUGGUAUCCUCGACUUUGUCGCAUCCGGAGUCAGCAACUUGACUCGUCGUUUAACGGGCUCUUCCACCUACAAGGAGCGCACUGGCGCUGCCACUUACUUUCACGAUGCACUCCGAGAGUUGAUUACCCUCAACAUUUCGACCGCUAUGAAGGCUAUCCGAUUCCAGGUCAAGGACGACGAAGCCUUCAACCAGCGACUGUACAACACUGUCUUGCAACCCAUCAUUGGCGACCAGACCCCCUCCGAUUGGGAUGCCCCCAGGAAGUCGAUUGUCAAGGAUUUCCCUCCACUUGGCCAACACGUCUUUGAACAAAUCCAGGUCAUCUUUAAACACAAGCUGCGCAAGGACAACCUCGUCAAGUCGAUUAUCGAGAACCUGGUCAACAUUCUCGCACCUCGCGACACAAGUGUCUAUGCGAUCCCCGAUGACAAGGUCGAGCCUCCUUUCACCUCGGUUCCAGACUGGGACAACAAAAAGGUCUACCAAGUCUGCGUCGCCGGCUGCUUGAACCGUCCCGGAAAGGCUCCCAUCCGCCUCAACUCUGCGUGGAUCAGCCACUUUUGCAAGUUGGCACCGCAUCUGACGGACAAGCAACGGGAGGAGGUGGUCACCUGGAUUGUGGGUCUACCGAGCUUCAAGCCUCUUUUAAUCAAGGACAAGGGAUUGAGCGUCCUGCCUAUGCUAGAGAAGCUGUGCACCAACAGCGAGCAGCGGCACAAGCUUGUGUACCCUUUGGUCUUUGCGGAGAAGAACGACAAGUCGGUCGAUUUAGGCGAUCAAAUUACGGACUGGGCUGUCUUUGUCGACAUCCGUGCCCCUGGCGUCCGUAAUGCACUUGCCAGGGAGACCCUGAAGCCAGCAUUUGAGGAUCGUCUCAAGUGGAUCACGGCUUUUAUCAAGGCGACCCGUCUGACUGGAGAUGUCAACGAGUGGAUUCUCACCAUGAAGUGGCUGGUCCCAAAGAUUCGAAAUGAGAUCCAGCCCAACUUGAUGACACUUUCACCCUUCCUGUUGCCGAGGGAUGGUCGAGUCCCACGCCAAUACUUGGACAAGGCGACGGAUGAGCAGGCUGAGGAACUUGUCACCUUGUAUCUUGCCAUGGAUGCCCAGAACUCGGCUGCUGUCUCGCCUGUGUCUGGAAUCACAAAGUUCAUGGAUAAGAUCGCCACCGAGGCAUUGAACCGCUUCAUCGACCGCCCCUCACACCCCUUCUACCAUCUCGGUACCGAGAUCCCCUGGAGGCGCAAGCUCUCCCAGCUCGGUGAGACCGCAGCACUGGAGAAGUACAGUCUGACUGUCUCUGAACCAUGCUACUCGAGCUUCAAGUACGAGCGCAACGAGGAGGCGGAGAUCCAUCGUCGUCAAAUCUUGGCCAAGCAGGUCGAGACUGAGAAGACUGAAGGUGGUUCCUGGGGAAAUAUCCUCAUCCCCGAGGGCCAGGAGGAGGUCUACGUCCAGGGACUGGUCAAUGCGUACUACUCUCGCUGGUUGCAGGUCAAGUUUCUAUUGGAUCCUGAGGCCAAGGGCGAUGAUUUGGCGGCCUUCAAGAAGUACCGCAAGGAGCUCUGGAGGUUCUUGUGUACCGCCCUCCUCCGCAGUCUUGGCUGGCGCUGGAAGAACUCGCCCACCUUGGUCGAGUACCUUGACGAGGUCUUGGUCAUCUUAGCCAAGGCACCCAAGAAGACCUUUGGUAGUGAUGAGGUUCUGGACUGGAGUACCGAUGAUAAGGCGCUGAGCGAGUCGGCCAAGUAUGUCAAGCGCGUCAUUGCCGUGUACAACGACGACUGGCUCCGCAAGCACCAGAAGGACCUGCCCUGGUUCCAGCGCUUCAGUGAGCUCCGCCUGCACUCGACAAUGUUCAGCCAGGAGGUUCAGCGCCGUGUUGACGACUGUGUGCUUGAGAACGGCAAGAAGGACCAGGCGCAGUUCGAGGCGCUGAUGGAGCAGCUCUUGUCCAUGUCACCCUCCGCGAUUCAUAUCACCAGUGUCAAGGACUAUGUCGUGUCUGAGCGCCCCGACUUACUGACGGACAGACUCCUCACCAUGCCCAAGGGCAUCAUCGGCAUCUUCAACCAGGUUGACACCGCCCUGGCAUGGAACCUUUUCAUCAACACCCCAGCCCGUCUUUCGCCUCAUCAGUGCGAAUUGUUGAAGGCAAGACACCUCGCUGGCAUGACGGAUGCCUCGACUCCCUUCAGCACCCGUGUUCAGCAUGCCCAGUUCUUCAUGUCGAUCCCCACCACGACAGUUGAGGAUGUCGCUAAGGCUUUGGGUACUCCUUCCCUCCCUUCGCGUAUCACUGAGGCUUUGCUGAUGUUCUUGCCUACUCUGGGUGAGCCUGCCAGUACCUUGCAGCUCCUUAUGGCUCCCGCCUAUGUCCAGUCCCACUUUGCCCGUACUUCGAUCCACGCCGUUGAGAAUGCGCUCAAGUGUGUCCCUCCCAACCAGAUCCCCGACUUUAUUCUUCCCCUCUUCCCCGCCGUCGGAGAACGCCAGCAGAAGGUUACGGUUCAGAAAGAAGGUAUCCGCCUAGCCUGUGCCAGCCUGGAGCUGAUGAUCAACCCUCGCGUAGGGGCUCUGAUUAAGGGACUUUGGGAGCGUCCCGAGUUGCACAAGGAUGCUCGCUUUGUCUUGCUUCAAGCAUUGAUCAGUCGCUUAGCUAGUCCCGAGGCCAAGGAGGAGCGCUACAAAGACCUGGUCGAGUGGAUCUGGAAGGCUGUGGCAGAGACCGCCCGCUCCGACGCCUAUAAGAAGAACGGCGUCGCCAUUGCUCUCCUUGCUGUUCUCCCCUCCCCCCGAGACAUUGCCAACACGCCUUCUUUGUUGUUGUCUGGAAUCUCCACCCGGGACAUCGGUAACACGACCUUGACCGACACUGCCGUGAUCCGCCUGCCCCUGGCUCUGACCAACCGCUAUGUCGACGAGGUCUUGAUCCCCAUGGCUGCCAAGCCAUCUGAGGAGAAGGAGACGGACAGAGAUUUGAAGGAGGUCAGCAUAUUAGCGAUUCAGCUGCUCACUCACAACGAGGGAUGGAUCACUCCCCAGAAUGCUGUUCGUUUGGCCAAGAACUGGAGAAUGGAAGCGUUGCUGGUGCCUAUCAAGGAGGACAAGUUCAAGCAAUGGCUUUCUUUUGCUGCCGGUAUCGCCCGCUGUGUUGGCAAGGAGGUGUCUGGAGCGCUCGAGUCUGGAGAUGAGGCGAAGUUUGCCUGGAAUGAGCUGAUUGGACUUGUGCAAGACCAGGUCAACUUCUUUUUGGACAAGACCCAGACCCGCACCUUGCGCCAGAAGGCUCUCGAGCGGAUCAACAGUCUUUACCUCGGAUCGAAUUUAGUAUUUGUAAACUUUACCAAGGCCGUGGAGGCGGGUGCCUUUACUGGCAACGAGCUCGAUAUCGCCAAGCCCCUGUUGGAGAAGGGUAUCGAAUCGGUCACCUGGACAACCGCCUUGCAAAGAGAGAUUACUGUCUUCAAGCCCCAGACGGGAAUGACUCAGGCCGAGAUCAACAAAGAGGCCCUUCGUAUCCUUCUCCGUAUUGUGGAUUACAGUAACCGUUACCUAUCGCCUGGACACGACGUUCGUACCUGGAUUUGGGAUCGCCUCAUGCUGAAGGCCAACAACAAUGACGAGCUGAAGCGAUUCAUUGGACUUGCCGCCCUGGAACCCCGCGAGGAGUUGAUUGAUUGGAUCCAUGUGGACGAGGUUGCUCUUUCGAUCUUGGACCGCAAUCGAGGCGUCUUCAACAUUGAGGAGAUUGGCACCUUUAUCGAGCGUCUGGCACACCAGGACCACCCUGCCUUCUACUGGACAAACCGGUCGCGCAUUGCCAACGUGAUUAGCGCCGAGAUUGUGCGCAUGUUCAACGACAAGGGUGGCAAGAUGGCAGACUUUCCUCUGCUGACUAAGGUCCUGACGCCGAUGAUGGAUCGUGCCCGGGAGGCCAAGUGGUUGUCUGGACCAGAUGUUGCUAUCCUGACGACUCUGAUGAACUCGCACAUGAACAUCAUUUGUACGGCCUUCCCCAAGGAUGCGUCCAAGUUGCUCCACGGUACCAUUACCAGCCAGUUGAACUCUGGCCAGGUUUCGUACUCGUUACCCGAACAGCUGUACAAGUUUACGGACUUUGGCUGGUAUGCCAUGACUUUGGGCAACCUCCAGGCUGGAGAGAAUAACCCCCGCAAUGCCAGCUACGGUAUCUCACCGGCGACUGUCCUGAUCAUGGAGGCGUAUAUGCACGGACGACUUGCGGAUUUUGAUCUGACGCCGUUUAUCGCCAACCACCAGAUGGGUGUCGACACCAUGUAUGGAUACUUCUUCCCCUUCCGUGGUGGUUCAGGCCCUGAGAGCAGCAAGGCUCUUGGUGUUGAGGACCCUGUCACGCUGGAGCAGGUGAACAAGAAGUGGAACGAAUUGAUGAACGAUAUUGGUGACUACUUCAAGCCCACUAUGCAAGCGGUGAAGAAUGCGAUUGAGAAGCCAAUGUCGCCGAUGGUUGUCCAGGCCUACGCCAACCACGCGAUCGACACGAUUGGCCGUCACUCCAAGUUCAUUGUCAUGCGUCCCUACGUGUUCCUGGAUUUCGUUCGUCUAGCCCUAACCGCUCCUGGCUCGACCUUCUCCACAGGCACCAUCGCCAGUCACAUGGCUCUCGCAUUCUCCCCAGUCCGCGACGGUACCGGCGACGAAUUCUCAUACGCUUGGUCUCCCCCCCUGGGUCUGGCCCUCAGCAUGGCCGAGUACCUUCUGGACGAGAUCCGUGAGGAGGUUGUGAACGAGGGUCAACGUGAGGCUCAACUGAUUGAACAGAUGACGGCGGAUUUCUUGAAGUCCUGGUUGUCAUCGACGGUCGAGACCAAGGCAGGAAUGUUGAUGGCCGAGAAUGAGGGCAAGGAGGCUCUUGAGGCACGGUACCUGGCUCUGGUUGAGAAGUUGUGUGAGGAUGGGUCUGGUGGGCAGAGCAUUGCGCUGCAGUUGGGCGAUUUUAUCCCUGGUGGAUAUUUGGCGCUCAAGGAGCAAGAUGAUGAUACUGAGGAUGAGGAGGAGGAGGAUGAAGGUGAGGAGGAUGAAGGUGAGGAGGAUGAAGGUGAGGAGGAUGAAGGCGAGGAGGAAGACGAGGACAAGUAG